UGAUCCUGGCUCCCUUUGGUCUGUGUGGGACGCUGACAGGUGUGACCUACCCCGAUAAUGACCACAGCUCCAGCACAGCCAGGAUGUUUGCAGAGUGGGCCAACUACUACCCCAUCAAAGAGACCAGCAGAGAGGAAUCUUGUGGCGGUGCCAAGGUGCCCAAUAUGGUGGAAGUCAUUGUGGGUGGUACACAUAUGAAGUACCCUACCUGCUAUGUCCUGGUUUGUGAUAAUGAAGAUCUUAAUGGCAGCAACAGUGUACUGCAGCCACUCCAACCUCCAGCACACGCAACUCCACACGGCAGGCCCUUGACCCGCUCUGUCUCACAGUUCUCUCCACCUGCCUCACCGUGUGAGGCUGGGUUUGGGUUGGAGCAGCAUGGUAUCAAGAUUUCUCCAAUGGUAGGGUCAGUCCAGGGCCAGCCAGACACCAUGCCCAGCAUCAGCACUUCCAAAGUUGAGGUGCUGGGCUACCAGUUGGCAGAGAAGGUUCGCCAGGAUGCUUGCAUACAUGUGGCUUCAAACAAAAGCAGUGAGGAGCAGCACCAGCAGCCCUCUUCGGUGGGUGCCUGGAACUUCACAGACCCUGUCAGCAAGGUCACCUGCAACUGCGUCAGGCACAGAAAGAAAACUCAGGGAAAGAAUGCUGUUGGCGGCAAACACGGAAAAGGGGACAAGUUUGAAAAAUUAGAUCGACAGUUAAGUCGCUUGAGCCGUAACUCUGUGCCAUUUCACCGGCGGGGCCCACAGGUGGACGAUAUGCUUCAGUUUGAUGUGGACCCCAUGAUGAGCCAGCAGUCUAUUCAGCAGCAGCCCAAUCCCGCGUUCUGCCCUACAGGUGGCACCACCGUCAACAGCUCUGCAAUACCACAGGGCAGGAGUAGCACGCCCUUGCAUGAGAAUGUCGUGUCCAUGGACACUCCAAACUCGGCCCCGUCCCCUCUAGACGAACCUCAACCUUUACCCUCCUCCAGUAUGGAUCCCACCAUGCCGACGCUAAGCCCACACCCGCCUAGUAAGUUCACACAGGACGUCAACGGAGGGCGGAGCGGAGGCGGGGUUAUUGCUGGGGCAGCUGGGUGCAGUGCAGCCAGUGAUUUGACCCAUAUAGCAGCAGCAGCAACGGUAACUGACGGGACUAGUUUUGUUCCGGCAGGUGGUGGCGGAGGCGGCGGCAGCAGUGUUAACUGCGACACAAACUUGAACUUACUCGUUGGCAGCGGUAAUAGUGCACCUGUGACAUUGACAGGUAGUAGUAGUAGUAAUAACAAUGUAUUAAACAACGGUGUUGCUCACUCCGCCACCGGUGUUAUCACCUGUCUGGUGGAUAAAGCAGUAGAGGACACGAACCUUCCAGCAGCUAUCAAACCUAGUGCCUCUGCUCCGUCAUCUGACCCACAUCCGCAGCAGCAGUUUUCCUGGAGCCUGGUGACCUCCAAGUCGGAGAGCGUCAGUCACUGGGUCAAUUCCCACCAGCAGAGACCCACAUAUGACAGACAGCAUGAGCGUAUGUUUGACAUUAAUUUGAAGAGGCCUAGUUUACCAACAAAAGGUUCGGAUAGUGAUUCUGAGCAAGGAGUGGAUUCUCUCUAUGACUUUGAAGCUCUGAACAUGUGGAUUGAUAUGCCCCUAAAGAAAGGUCGCUUUGAGCCUCUAGAUGAAGGUCUGUCGGAAGACUUGCUGGCUCCCUCGUCAAGUUUUGCCUCGCAUUCCCGGCCCUCCAUGAUGGCAAGUCCCUCCCCUCCUGACCCUGAUCCCUACGAGUUCUCGGAUGAAGCAUCUAAAGAUCCAAAAACAUUAACAACCCGGUCCAGGCCAAGCAGGGAUGAUAGCAUGGCCAGGCCGUCUCCUUUGGACAGAAUGGAGGACGACUCGAGACCCUCCUCCAGACAGGGUACCACUGAACUCACUAUGAAAGAUGAACCACCCAACGAUUUAGGGCAGCUGUCUUCACCUCUGACCCCAGGUGGCAGUUUGACCCGGGAACAGGACAUUCGAGUGACGGGCACAUAUCAAGACCUACAUAAAAUCUUUCAGUCCGACUCCUCAGAGGACGAUGAGGAUGGUGGGGCUGUCGACUCUGGCCUCGGAAGCAAAUCAACAGAUGAUCUCAAACCUAUCAGGAUGCAGAAUGGCUCCCUUGGCAGUAUAGCUCCUCUAGACCUUGGUCGGAUGUACCCGACACCACCUUCACAUGAAACAAACAAGUCUCACUCUCCCGAGACCAUGACAGACGGCACCAACGAAGGCAUUCUCACCAGCACCUCUAUCGUUGCCUUUCACAGCACUGUGGAGGCUACAGUCCCACCCAUCGAUGUCCCCAUCACCAGUGUUAAGUGUGAUGUGUUUAUUCCACCUGUGAUUGCGGAAGCUGUGGGAGCCGCAAAGUACUCCCCACUGGAGCUACCCAGCGACCGCUCGUCACCACUACCAAAUGUGCCCGAGUACAAGCCAAACUGGAGCUUUGCCACGCCCAUCAUGGACUCGCAGCAUUCACACAGAAUGAGUUAUGUCAAUCUACCCAGUGUGGAGAACAUUUCAUCCAUCCGCACCGUGGGCUCUGGGGCCGGCAUCGACGCCAGCCCGGCCAUCUACAGCAACAGCCAGCAGCGGACUCCUCUGAGUUUGGAGCUGCACUCUCCCGCAUCAAACUCUUCAUCCUACCUCAACAAAACCAACAAUUCCAUCGACAAUCAUGGCACCAACACUCAGCUACCUGAGGCCAACAGUUUGUUACUGAAUGUCCUGUUGUGUGACUCCAUAAUGAACCUGUUCAAGGACCACAACUUUGACAGUUGUACUAUCUGUGUCUGCAAUGCCGAUAUCAAUGGCAGUGAUGUCAGUGUGUACUUACCUGACACCAGCAAGGGCUCCUCCUCCGGACUCAAGUGCACCUGUGCUUUCAGCGCAGCCGUUAACCGCAGGUUUGGCUACGACUCUGGCCUCUUCUAUGAAGAAGAGCUGGAGAUCACAGGCCUGCGCCAUGACCGCUACGACCAUCGGAAGCCGUCGUUGAUACAGCAGGAGUUGAUGAAAAGCAUUGGAGAUUCUUUACACCGGCUGGAGGAUAUCAGUCCACAGAUCAUGUACUUCCUCCUGAGCCAGUAUUCAUCCCCGUUCUUGUCGUGUUUAGGCAGCCAACAUCUCAACUAUUUACACAUGGCCUCGGACACCACCUACCAACUAACCAGUGUGGACCUUCUGCAGAUCCGAGAUGCCAACGAUGUUGUUUGUCAGGCCCUGGAGGUGGCGCGCCAGGCCAUGGAUCAUUGCCUUUCUAGCAGAUUUGAGGAGCAUCUGUUGAAAACCAACUGCAUGCACAAGUGGCCUUACUUGAGAGGAGCCAGCUGUGUGCCCACCAACUCCCAAGACAUCAUCCAGUGUCUCAAGUCACUCCACCCCAUCCUGCAGAACGCCAUCCAGAACAAGAGAGUCACCCGCAUGUGGGAGAACACCUACAAGCUCCAGGGUCCUAUCAGCUGGAAGGACUUCCAUGACCUGGCCGGCAGAGGGACGGAAGAGAACCAUGAACCUCAACCCAUCCCUAAUCUAUUGGUGGGGCACGACAGAGACUGGUUGUCGGUGUCCCCCUACGGCGUCCGGUUUUGGGAGAAGCAGUUCCUGGAGCCGUAUGGGCGUAUGCGUGAUGUCCUGUAUGUCGUCGUUGCUCCAGAGAGUGACUUCCUCUUGCAGCACAUCGUCUCUUUCUUCAAGGAGCUGAGCACCGUGUAUGAGCUGUGCCGACUGGGCCGACACUGUGCCAUCAAACCCUUGCGUGACGGGGUGUUGCGCGUCGGGAAGCAGGUGGCUGCUAAACUUUCCAAUGAGCCUGUUGGGGAAUGGUUCAGUACAUUAGGUGAUUCGCACAUAGCUUCCAAACUGAAACUGUACGCACAAGUCUGCAAGUACAACCUGGCGCCAAUUCUGUGCCAGCCAAAUUUGGACAAGUCCAUGUUCGAGCAGGGAUCCAACACCACGCACAACAAAGCCCAGUUUAAAAUGCCAGAGCCAGCCAUUAACUGUACCAGACCUGCCACCCCUGACAGUCAGCCUGUCUCAAAUUCUGCCCAGCCGCCGGGUGCCAGUCAGGGCACACAGGCUGCAGAUGAUACCAAAGAUGGGGGUCAGAAUGAUGGAGCCUCCCAGCAGAGAGAGGGCCCACAUGAAGGCAGCGACAGCCACGGAGAGGAGAACAACCCUGAUGCCCCGGGGAUAGUUGUCUACAUUGUGGACCCAUUCUCCUACGGCCAGGGAGGCGAAGGCUUGUCUCGUUUGGCCGUGAUUGGCCUCCUCAAAUGUUUCCAGGAGAUGGCUCUUCCGGAGCACCUGGCCAACAUUGUCAGCCUGCAGCUGAUCCCACUACAGGUAAUCAUGGAACACAAGGAGAAUGCUCUCAGGUUACAAGCUUUAAAGUCCAUCGCCUUCUCCGUGUUCACAUCCUCCAAGUGGAACCUCACCCACACCAUCCUGGGCCGCUCGUUGACUGGGUUUGGACCUGCAGCCGCUGCUGAAGUGAUUCUCAAAAGGAAAGAGGAGGACAGUCGGAAAAGAGAGGAGGAUUUGAAACUGUACAGCCCACCAUUUGUAUUAGCUUCUACAAAAAGCCGGCAGAACCAGAUCAUGGAGGCAAAGACAGAGCAGCAGACCAUUCUGUUUUGUGGCUACUGUCUGUCCGAGGAUCAACGCUGGCUGUUGGCUGUCUGCACGGAUGAGAAGGGAGAACUCAUGGAGUGUUGCACCAUCAACAUCGAGAUCCCUAACCGAAACCGCAGGAAGAAAGCUUCAGCACGACGUCCAGGUCUGCAGAAACUCUGGGACUUUAUCCUGGGUGUGGUCUCCAUGGGCUGUUUCCCCACCCGCCUGGUCAUUGGCAGGUUUGGCCGCAUGGGUCAUGGGGAGCUCAAAGGCUGGUCAGGGCUGCUCAACAAGAAGAACCUCCAGAGCGCCUCCCACCGCCUCAAGACCAUGUGCCAGCAGUGUUCAGUUAUGGGCCCUUCUGAUGUGCCCUGUGUCCUUAGUGCCUGCCUCACUUCCAUAGAGACUCAUCCCAGCUUUCAGGUGAUUGUGGAUGCCAUGAAGCAGGAAGAGAAGGUCAGCAGCAGCAUCCCCCUGCAGACGCCUCGAGAUGCCAGCGUCACUCACAUCCUGGUCUUCCCAACCUCGGCAACCGCUCAGGUGAACGCUAACCCCCUCCAGCAAGACCCCCAGAAUGACUUCACUGCCCACCUGGAGCUGGAUGAUGUCUUCACAGAUAACCUCAUGGGGGAUGAUAUGUUCCUGGAGAUCUUUGGUGACAACUUUGAUGCUCCAACCACCUCACCGCCUGGCUCACCUGUCAGUAGCGCACACCGGCAGAACUCUCGGAUUAGUGGUGGCCCUUCUGCGAGUCUGGGAGAGAGCCUAGCUGACCCUCAGGAUGACGUCAACCUCUUGCAGCAGCCCCUGGCCAUGGGCUACUUCAUCUCCACAGCCCCUCCCGGCCCCCUGCCCAAGUGGUUCUGGUCUGCCUGCCCCGAGAAUGAGUUUGUUAGUCCACAUGUUUUUAAAUCUGCCCUACACAUCCAUGAGUCAUCUCGGCACGAUGACUUCCUUCACAAGACAGACAACCGAAGCAAGCCUCACGCCCUGGACUCUCACAUGACUUGUGAUAUACUGAGAGGGUUAAACUGUUCUAGAGGCAGUGUAAUGAGUGUUUUGACAUGUCUAGACACACACAAAUCAUAUUUGUAA